GACAUCCGGAGUGAGCGGAGGUGGAAUUCGAUCCAAGGACGAAGUGACUGGCUGCUACAUCCUUGACUUUGAGGCGACGGUCUUCCUGGCGCUUUGCUGCUGGCCUUCUUUGUCGAGCCCUACAACUUGGACAAGACCUACUUGGUGGGAGACGCAGAAUAAGGCCACCGACGGCUCACAGUGGGAGACGCAGAACUUGGCCACGGACGACCUGCCGUGGGAGACGCAGUAUCAGGAAGUUCACCUGAAGGACUAUGGCAAGUUCUCCAGGCGGGUUCGCCUGACCUUCGAACGCACAAGGCGAAGGAAGAGACGCUACCUUGGCCCUGAACUAGCUUCUCAGCUUACAGGCAGAGCUUGGACAGUGACCCAAGAAUUGGAUCACCGUCAACUGGUGGCAGAAGACGGUGCUCGCUUCCUCAUUGAGUUCUUGGAGGAGAGACUUGGGAAUGUGCCGGUGCCCGACGCAGGAACGAAGGCAGAAGAGCUCUUUGUUCGGAUGCGACGCCCCCAAGGCAUGUCGAUGCCUACCUGGUGCACCAAAGUCCGGGAAACUUAUAGAGGACUUCAGCGAGCUCUGAAGCGUGCGAGAAAGGAGAGAGGUGAGCUGUCACCUUCGAAAGACCCUGGUUCACCGACACCAAGGAGUUCAAGAAGAUCUCAACCUCCUACAUCGGGGACACCUUCACCGAGUUCUUCGAAGCGGCGAGCGAGCAAGCGGACUGUGGAGGAGCCUGAGGGUGAUACCACUCCACAGCCUACUUCGCCCAGACCUACACCGACCUCACCUUUGCCGACUUCACCUGGCCGACAUGGAGGAGAUGAUGAACCACCUGAGAGGACCGAUAGCGAGAUUGAGGCCGAGCUGGAGCGCAAGGGCAAGGGCCGUGGUUCUGGCCGUAGAAAGAAGAAGGAGGAGGACUCAGAGACCGAAACUGAGGAUAUUCUUGAAGGAGUUCGACUAUGGGAUGACUUGGACAGUGAUUUGCCCAAUGUACUUCCUCAAGAACUUCUUGGAUGGCUGAUGCUGUGGCGGUGCUCCUUGAGUUCACAGCAGCGUCUCAACAUCUUGUCAAGUGUUGGGAACUCCUUGAAGGCCGACGACAUUGAGCGUGGCUUGAGAAGCGCGGAAGAAGAACUUCGACUUCAUGAACGUGAUCAUCACCCCAAGGGAGGCGGCAAGAAAGGACGUGCCGUCUUUUGGAUGGAGAAUGGAGGUGAUUGGUCUUUGUUGAACGCGACAGAGGAAGACAUGGAGGACUGGAUGGGCGAUGCUCACUGGAUUGGUGGGACGCAAGAGCUGGCAAGCAACUAUGGCGUGCUGAGCACUACUUCGACUUCUCCGUCUACUGGCACUUUUGGACUACAUGGAGAUGAUGUUGGAGGAGUUUGGUUUCAAGAACCUGACGGUUCCUAUGCGUGGUGGGAGAUGGACCAGGACACUGGCGAGUACUACCAUGCUGAUGCCUCAGGCGCUUACUGGGCCUGGAGUGACUGGGAAAACAUGCAGUUCCAGACCUACUUCACGGAUGACCAACGCCGUGAGCUCUCAGAGGCCUAUGCGGCCUACGAAGGCAAGUUGAGAUCCUUUGCAGAGUCUCGAGACCUGGUGUUUCAGAGGCAAUCCAACCGAGGCUUCUAUCCCUUCAAAGGAAAAGGCAAGGGCAAGUUCAAGGGCAAACCUCGCCCCACUCAGAAGGGUGGCAAGGCGGGAUCUUCGAUGGUCGCUGACUCCUUUGCGGCAGUUGGAAGCCCUUCCUACACGGGAUGCUUCAUCUGCGGCUCCAAAGACCAUGAGUUUCGAGUUUGCCCCAAGCGAUCUCAACAAGCUGGCAAAUCAAAAGGGAAAGGCAAUGCCUACAUGGUGCAGAAUGUCUCGAACUUCGAGGCGACUGGCAAUCCCUAUGUGACUGCAGAGCCCUACGUUCUGAACAAUGUCUACAUGGCGAGCAUGGGCGAUGGUAAGGGAUGCGGCAGUUCUUCAACUUUGCCGCUGCGCCACCACCAGAACAACAUCUAUGUGGUGCAGCCUGCUCCCCGUCCAUCGACCAGGCGUUCCUUUGCUGCUGGGUAUCAAAAGCCUGAGUAA